AUGAAGAAAUCACACACCCACCGAUCCACCACCCAGAGCCGGCGCUUCAGUUUCUUCUCCUCCCAGAACCAAGAAACCAUCACCUCCUCCGUCUGGGAAGACCUGAAGGGCAGCUUAGACCACUUACUCCCUGGACGACGCCAAAAGAGCCUCCCAGACCCCAACCAGCCCGUCUGGUGGCUCGACAUCCAUGAUGCCACAGAUCAGGACAUCGCAUCCGUCGCACAGACACUGUCCAUCCACCCGCUGACGGCGGAGAACAUUGCAACCCGUGAUACAGGCGAGAAGGUCGAGGUGUUCCCGAACUACUAUCUCAUAUCCUUCCAGACGCUCGUGAGCUCGCGCUCAUCUCGGAGCGAUGACGACGGCCACCGCGCGGACAUCCCGCCAUCGACGGGGCUGUACAUUUUGGUCUUUCACUACGGCGUUGUGACCUUCUCGCCAGGUGGAUGUGGCCAUGUGCAUCGUGUGCGGCAUCGGAUGCGCAAGAUGCACGAUCCAGCGAUAUUGUCUAGUGAUUGGAUCUGCUAUGCACUCAUAGACGACAUAAUCGACAGCUUCGAGCCCUUCAUGCGGACCAUCGAGCGCGAGUCCGAAGCCAUCGAAGACCAAGUCUUCAUCGUGCGCAUCGACGACGUCAAAGCGCUCAUACCGCAAGUCGACUUCCUCCGCAAGAAAAUCACACAUAUCAUCCGCGUGCUACACGGCAAAGUCGACGUGCUGAACGGUUUCGUGAAAAGAUGCCAAGCACCGGACAAAGGCGGUAGCGUCGACGCCGUCUUCCCCAACGGAGACCUGCUACUGUAUCUGGGCGACGUACAAGAUCACCUCGUCACAAUGUUGUCGAGUCUCGCGCACACCGACGAAAUCAUCAGCCGGUCGCGGGCGAAUUGUCUGGCGCAGCUGAAUGCCACGAAUGUCCGGGUUAGUUUGGCGAUCAACUCCACCAUGAGCAAGGUGACUCUUCUCGCGGCCAUCUUUGUGCCCUUGCAUCUGGUGACAGGGCUGUUUGGGAUGAAUGUUGAAGUGCCCGGGCAGCUUUCCAGUGGGUUAUCUUGGUUCUUUGGGAUUGUGGGUGUGUUUGGUGCGUUUGUGAUUGUUUGUAUUGCUAUUGCAGCGAAAAUGAGGUUCUUAUAG